UGAAUGGCUCCAAAGCUGCUGCCACCUCGGAGGCGCACGGGCUGUUCUUUCCACUGACACUUUCUCAUCUUGAAAAUGUGACUUUUUUUCUUUUCUUUUUUCUUUUCUUUUACUUUUUUUUUUUGCAUUGAUUCGAUUUCAGACAUCAGUUUCGUGUUUGUUUUACCCAAAAUGGAGUGACGCGCAGUGGAUCGAGCUGGGGAUCAAAGUUGGGCUGCGCGCUGGGAUGGCACGUCGGUGGUGGUGGUGUUGGUGGUUUGCCCGCUUGGACGGAGGCUCUUUCAGUCUGCCAUGGUCUCAGUGUUCGGGGUGAGUCCGCCUGGGGAACGAUGGAGCAGAGGAAAAGACUUUUCUACUAUAUUUUCUUCGCGCCGCUGCUCUGGCUCAGCUCGUCCCAAGUCCUCCGAAUCGGCGGCAUUUUCGAGACCAGGGAAAGUGAGUUAGUGAGUAUGGAUGAGCUGGCUUUCAAGUUUGCUGUGAACAACAUAAACCGCAACAAGACUUUGAUGCCAAACGCAACCCUCACCUACGACAUCCAGCGUAUCAACGUCUUUGAUGGCUUCGAGGCUUCCAGAAGAGCAUGUGACCAGCUGGCUCUCGGGGUGAUUGCUGUGUUCGGCCCCUCCCACAGCUCCUCUGUCAGCGCGGUCCAGUCCAUCUGCAACGCCCUGGAAGUCCCUCACAUACAGACCCGCUGGAAGCACCCGUCUGUGGACAACAAGGACACGUUCUUCAUCAACCUGUACCCUGAGUACACCGCCCUCGCCAGGGCCAUCCUGGACGUGGUGACCUUUUUCAAAUGGAGAAAACUGACCGUGGUUUAUGAGGACAGCACAGGUUUAAUGAGGAUGCAGGAGCUGAUCAAGGCUCCAGCAAAGUUAAACUUAAAGAUCCGGAUCCGUCAGCUCACCCCGGGUAACCAGGACGCUCGGCCRCUGCUUAAAGAACUGAAGAAAGACCGAGAGUUUUUUAUUAUCUUUGACUGUUCUUAUCGCAUGGCUUCUGAACUUCUAAAGCAGCUUUCAUCGAUGGGAAUGAUGACAGAGUAUUAUCACUUUUUCUUCACAACUUUGGAUUUGUUCGCUCUGGAUCUGGAGCCAUACCGUUACAGUGGGGUCAACAUGACGGGGUUCAGGCUGCUGAACUUUGAUGACCCCUGGGUGGCCGCCACCAUCGAUAAGUGGGCCAUGGACAGGGUGCAGGGUCCCAAACAGGAGAGUGGCCUGUUGGAUGGAGUCAUGACUACAGAUGCAGCCUUGAUGUUCGAUGCCGUGCACAUGGUGGCGGUUGCGUCCCAGCGGGCCACUCAGAUGACCGUCAGCUCGCUGCAGUGUCACCGCCACAAGCCGUGGCGCUUCGGACCUCGCUUCAUGAACUUGUUCAAAGAGGCCCAGUGGGACGGACUGACGGGGCACAUUGUUCUAAAUAAGACAGAUGGCCUGAGGAGAGACUUUGAUUUGGACAUCAUCAGCCUCCAAGAGGACGGCACUGCCAGAUUUAUAACGGAGAGCACAAGCCGCCUCACAAAAAGGUGGAUCAAGGUUGCUGUGUGGAAUUCAUACAGAGGCAUGACCUUGAUGGAAAAGCCCAACAGAGACAAGAACAACAACGUGACAGACUCUAUGGCAAACAGGACUCUGAUUGUCWCUACAAUUCUGGAAAAUCCAUAUGUGAUGGCCAAAAAGUCAGAGAAGGAGCUGGUUGGAAAUGAUCGCUAUGAGGGAUAYUGCAUGGACCUUUUAAAAGAACUCUCCAACAUCUUGGGUUUCACGUAUGAAGUCCGACUGGUCGGUGAUGGUAAAUAUGGAGCCCAGAACGACAAGGGAGAGUGGAACGGAAUGGUCCGAGAGYUGAUCGAUCAUGUUGCAGACCUUGCUGUGGCUCCUCUGACCAUCACGUACGUUCGGGAGAAAGUGAUCGACUUCUCCAAGCCCUUCAUGACUUUAGGUAUCAGCAUCCUGUACCGGAAACCAAAUGGUACCAAUCCAGGUGUGUUCUCCUUCUUAAACCCUUUGUCUCCGGACAUCUGGAUGUACGUGCUGUUAGCCUGCACUGGGGUCAGCUGCGUUCUCUUUGUCAUUGCCAGGAUCAGAGGUGAUGCCUAAGGCUCUGUCUACACGCAUAGUUGGAGGUAUUUGGUGGUUUUUCACUUUGAUCAUCAUCUCCUCCUAUACGGCCAACUUGGCCGCCUUCCUCACUGUGGAAAGAAUGGAUGCCCCCAUUGACUCUGCAGAUGACCUCGCUAAACAAACAAGAAUUGAGUAUGGAGCAGUGCGAGAUGGAUCGACCAUGACUUUCUUUAAGAAAUCAAAGAUCUCCACCUAUGAGAAGAUGUGGGCCUUCAUGAGCAGCAGAAAGACUGCAUUAGUUAAGAACAACAAAGAAGGGAUCACACGGGUCUUGACAACAGACUACGCCAUGCUAAUGGAGUCUACCAGUAUUGAGUACAUCAGCCAGAGAAACUGCAACCUGACACAGAUCGGAGGUCUCAUUGAUUCCAAGGGCUACGGAGUGGGAACACCUAUUGGUUCUCCAUACAGGGAUAAAGUCACAAUCGCCAUCCUUCAGCUGCAGGAGGAAGGGAAGCUCCACAUGAUGAAGGAGAAGUGGUGGAGAGGAAACGGUUGUCCAGAGGAGGACAACAAAGAGGCCAGCGCUCUGGGUGUGGAGAACAUCGGAGGCAUCUUCAUAGUUCUGGCUGCAGGUCUGGUUCUGUCUGUUUUCGUGGCCAUCGGCGAGUUCAUUUACAAGGCCCGCAGGAACGCCGACAUCGAGGAGUGCAUGUCCUUUAGUGCUGUGAUGGAGGAGUUGGGCAUAUCCCUGCAGUGCUACAAAGGCAUCCGAAGCAGGUCGCGACCACACAGUGCAGCCAGGUCCCCCUGCGUCUUCUGUCAGCCCAAACGGGGUGCGAAAAAAGAUGGAGGAAGACGAGACUCCAGCACAUAAACUGCGGAUAAACGUGAUGAAAUUAGUAAAACAGAUCUAUAUAAAUUUUGUUCCUCUUCUUAUUGUAGAUUGUGUGAAUUAACGACUCUACAGUAGAAAUACUGUUACAGAAUCAAAGCCCUAUUUGAAUAUUGUGUUAAAACAGGUGAUGACUGUAAGACUAAAAUGUGGUUUUUAGCUGCAGUUUCCAGAGCUGAAUCUGCAAACUUUCUAAACUGCCCCACACUGUGUGACUGUACAACAGCUUUACAAAUGUUCAGAAUAAUAAUAAAAACAGAAUUUUUUUGCAUUUCUCAAA